AAAGUGAAUGUCGUUUGUUUAGCCAAGUAGGAGAAAAUAAAUAAAUAAAUAAGUAAAUAAAUAAACAAAUCCCCUCGUGUUACCCUCCUGUAUAAAUCCGACCUCUGGAUCCGUUCUCGAAUAUUUAAUAAAACUGAUAUUAUUUUUAAAAGUUUAUAUCCGCCUUUCUGUCACUUCGCUCGCCCGCCGGCCUGGAGCAGGCUCCAAGCGCUCCCGCGUCUGCCCGCCGCCUGCAAAGCCCCAGUCCUCCGCACUCGCCUUCUCCGGGAGCCCGGCGCCGAGUCCCGGCCUCAGGCUCUUCCUGUGAUCGCGCUGGGGGGCUGGGAGGCCUCUGUGGGCUCCCUACGCCGCCGAGCAGCCCACACCCGCAAAAAGGGCCGCUUAGGAUUUCGCAGGGGGCGGGGGGAAGCCCGGCUCGGGUUGGGCUCCCAGCUCCGCACGGGCCUUUCUUCCUGGCAGUGAUAGUCUGGGGUCCUGGGCUUCUGAACCCAGAGCCCCAAAAGGCCAGAAAAGAAGCACGAUCCAGGCACCUGGGUCGCCCCCGCCCACUCCCCGGAGCUCGGGGAAUGGGACGCCGCUCGAGCGAGCCCUCCCCACCCAGCCCGCGCCAGGCCGGCUGUUGCGAAACGUGGCGGAGACAGAGAGGAGAGCCGAGGGGGAACAGAAGACCGCGCGAUUCGAGUCCUUCCGCAGGGACUGAACGAUUCAAGGACAUCAGGAAAGAGAAAGCCUGGAAGCUGAGCUCUCGCCUGCGCUGGGACUCCUGACGUGGCCAGGACAAAAUUCCUCCUUCUUGACAGCCCCAGCCUGUCUGGUUCCUUCCUCUUCUCCUCAAACCUGGCGGGUGAGGGGCGCACAUCACCCCUAACCGUUUCUCAGCUCCCGCCUUCUCUUCCCAAGCCCAGCCAGAGAAACCUGAGUGGGCCUAAGGGAGAGGUGGUGAGGGGAUCUCCCCCGAGGGAAGAAAUCAGCCAGAGUUUUCCAGACUCUCCAGGUCCCCGCCAGCGCCCCCUCCAGCACCUCCGCCAGUGGGAAGGGGGGCUUCUCCUGGCAGAGGCAGAGAUAUGAAGGGGAGAAGCAACCAGGAAAGAGUCAAACUUGAGACUAGGAGAGGAGCGGAAAGGGCUACAGAGGACCUGGCCAAAGGCUGCCAUGGUUGCUCAGGGACCAGCCAGGCCCACUCCAUGCCUCCAAAAAGCUGAGAAAUUCCUCUCUAAUGGGCCUUCAGGUCCCUGGAAGGCCUAGCUUAGGGGCCUUUUCCCUAAAGAGUGCAAACAGGCCUUUUCCCCUGCCUUGCUCAUGUAAUAUUUGUGGAGGCUUGAAGCACGCCUCUCUCUGGCCUCAGGUAGCAUCUAUGUUCUAUCUAAAGUAUCUGGCAUCUGUACAACAUGAGGAUAGCACACGAGGAUGCACAAGCAGCCUUCCACCCCAUUGUGUCUGGUUCUAGGCAUGCACAUGCAUACAACAUGCACACACAUGUACAUGCAUACAUACACACAUGAAAAUUGCCUAUUGCCAUUCUGGGUUCCUGGCAUGAUGAAGUAUAACCAACUCCUCCUGGCUCCUCACCUCUGGGCUCAUCUCAGAGUCCCCAGCACUCUCAGCCUCCUGACCUCCUUAUCUAGCUGUGCCACCCAGGAACCCCUGUCUUGGGCAUCCUGUCUGGCUCUUCAGAGGUUGAACCCACUUUCCCAUGUUGCUGGGCACCUCCUCAGCAGUGUCGGGGUCUUGGGGCCUCUGAGGCAAGGGAUCUCAACCUUUGGUUCGAGGAACCUGAAAUAAACACAUUUGGUUCUCCAACCUGGGCAGUCGCUGCCUUUUUACUCAGCCAUGUUUGAAGUUUAGCAGAGCCGAGAGUUAGGGAGAACCGGGCUAUACAUUAGAAAAAGCAUCGCUGUACAUCCUAAAGGAGGCCUCAUCUUUUCUCCAAUUUAAGUAGAAUGUAAAGGGCCUGCCCAGGAAAUCUUUGCAGCAACAAGCACCUUCUCCACAGGAUAGAAAAUCCAGCCACCAGAAGGCGAGCCGGCGCGUCAUGAUGCAAUUCCUCCAAGUAGGCACCAGGUGUCGCUGUGGACUCGUUGUCCCGCCUACCCCCCAAUUCCAAGAACCAUUUUUUUUUUCUCCCCCUUCCCUCUCUUUCUCUGUCUCUCACUCCCUCUCCCCCUUGGUUGGGCUUUGCCAACAUAUCAAGAUGCGUUUCUCCGGCUUCCAUCACUAACCUCCCGGAGGUCAUCAAGCCAAAUUUAUGAGUGGCCGCUCGAGUCACGUGACUCUAUUUAAGGCUCCCUUAUUUGGGAAGAGCGCAUAGGAUAAAGAAAGAGAUAUCUCCACCUAUAAAUUGUGCACUUUGGAGAACAAAAAACCCCUCAACUUCAAAGAGUCACAAAUCACCCUUAAUCAAAAAGGGUGCAGAAAUUUUUUUUGGGCCCUCCCCGCCAUGAGCUCCUACGUAACCAAUUCAUUCUAUAAGCAGAGCCCCAAUAUCCCUGCCUAUAACAUGCAAACUUGUGGGAACUAUGGAUCGGCCUCAGAGGUGCAGGCAUCCAGGUACUGCUACGGCGGAUUGGAUUUAAGCAUCACUUUCCCACCGCCUGCGCCUUCCAACUCUCUCCACGGGGUAGACAUGGCUGCCAACCCCCGGGCUCACCCCGACCGCCCCGCCUGCAGCGCUGCGGCCGCUCCGGGACACGCUCUGGGCAGAGACGAAGCGGCUCCUCUGAACCCCGGGAUGUACAGUCAGAAGGCGGCUCGCCCGGCGCUGGAGGAGCGAGCUAAGAGCAGAGGGGAGAUCAAAGAGGAGCAGGCGCAGACAGGGCAACCCGCCGGACUGAGCCAGCCACCGGCCCCGCCACAGAUUUACCCGUGGAUGACCAAACUGCACAUGAGCCACGAGACGGACGGCAAGCGGUCCCGAACCAGUUACACGCGCUACCAGACUCUGGAACUCGAGAAAGAAUUCCACUUUAACCGCUACCUCACCCGCCGCAGGCGCAUAGAGAUCGCCAACAACUUAUGUCUCAACGAGAGACAGAUCAAGAUUUGGUUCCAGAACCGCAGGAUGAAGUGGAAGAAAGAUUCCAAAAUGAAAAGCAAAGAGGCUCUUUAGAGGCAGCCGGGAAGCCCGCGGAGAGCACCCCAACCGGCUUGGGUCCCUGCGCCUUUCCUUUUCGGUUUUUCUCUCUAUAUAUUUUGGGGUGUGGGGGGGCAGGAGCUGGAGCUUUGGCUCCCCAGGCCUCACAGACAAAAGCGCUUUUCCUUGGUAUUCUGCAUCCCACUGCCCCUGGGUUUCCAGGGGCUGCACGCUCUGCCUGCUCCCCUCAGCUCAGCAAAGUUCAGCUUAGCUCAGCUGGGCACCUGGGGCCCAAGGCUACCUCUGCAGCGUCUUCCCAGAGGGCUUCGGAGCACCACAGGCUGGUAGGGAACUAACCUCAGCCUGGACCACCUCUCCAUCCCCAGUCCCCGGUGAGGCCCGCCUGAAUUAAGGUGGGCCCGGCCCACUGUAGGCCCCUCACCCCAACCUCCAGGCUCUCAUCUCUUUUGUUUCUGGCUAGGUGAGCCAGGCGACCCCAGGCUGGCGAGUACUUGUGCCUGGCAGAAUCCAUUGCCAAAUUGGGGUGCUUCCUCAUGGCAACUAAACUUGGUCUUAUUAAUGGUUUGCAUAUGAAAAGGGGAGAAGACUGAAUAUGGGCCUAGGGCCCUUGUGGUUGCCCUAUCCUCUCCACAUCUUCCGCCCCUUCCCCAAAGUCGGGGAGCCUCCCCAGCCCUCGCCUGCUGCAUGCCCUCUCAGGCCGCAGCCCCAGCUUGCUAGCUAGCUCAACUAUUGGGGCUUUCUGCCAUUUGAACCCCAGCAAAUGGUCCCAGAGGCUCCUUCUGUCUCAUAGUUCCUGCUAUGACUUUCUUGCCCUGCUACCCCAUCGCUGUUGCCCAACUAUUUAUUGACUCCCGGGUCCUUCCUGAAACUAUAUUUUGUCAUAUCAAAUAAAGACAAAGAGAGAACAGAA